CAUGGACAACAGCCGCUGGAAAAAGAGUGCAUUCCUAUAGGCCACCUGGUCAACGUUUGGCGAACGAUCGCGAGGCAGAGUUGCGAUCCUUGUAUAGCGAGUCAGAGAUGCGGCUCGUAUUCUUCCUCGCACUACUUCUGGCUAUUACAUGCGAGAUCCAGAGUGAGCGACGUUAUUACCCCAAACAGCGAAUAAGAGUGAGACCAAGAUGUAAUAAACUACCUAACGAACUGAUGCAGUGUUCUUACAACUUAUACAGAGGCGUACAUCAGUAUGACCCAGAAAGCGAGGUGGUAAUGAACAUUCUCCGUUUCUGUACUGUCUCCAACGGCCUGGACGAUGCUGACUUCAAGUGCUUCUCUUAUGACAAAUUCAAACCGUUCCUGGACUGCUGCCACGAACUCAACGCACAUUAUGUGAAACCCGUCCCAUUAAAACUGGAACUCAACGCCUACUUGGAAUGCGUCGAGGCCAUAUCAUGAUGCCGUGGACGGGAAUUUUAUCUUUAUUUUUUUUAUAACCCCAUAUUGAGUUACACAAGGCGACGUGAGAGCAUCGGAUGUCCAGUAGGAAAGGCUGGUUCCAACGUCCUGUUUUCUGUGUAAUUCAUUUGGGCAAACUUAAUAAAUUAUUUUUGUUUCCCUUGUGAUUAAAAGAACUGUGCUGAAAUGCA